CAAACAUACGUCGCAACAAAGAAGUGUCCGACCCACGGACCGACCCAAGGAAGUCAACAGAGUCAAGAAAAUUCUGAGACGGACUCCCCGAUUUUCGACUAUGCCGUGUGCGCGGAUAGUAAUAAGUAGGGUUUUCAGGGAUGGUAACGUCACCACCAAUAUCUUUCUCAGGAAACAGUGCAUUAGAAGAGGAAAAAGAGGAAAAGAAAAAAAAACGAAAAUAUCCACGGAUGUACCGAUUUACGGAGUAUUUGACACUGUUUCGUACCAAACGAACUCCAUUUACGCAGAUCACGCACCUGCAUACCUAACUGUUCUGCGGGUACACACAUAUAUAUCGGACCGCUAUCCAUUAAGCUCGCUACCAAGCACCCCACGGAGCAAUAGAUACCUGUGUACUGAAAUGGUGGACGAUUUACCAUCAUGUUAGGCCAUGUUGACGACCCAGUACCUAAGAGCGACGAUGAAUUACUACGUGCAGAUUAGCCACUGGUAGCGGUCUAGCCGGGAAUAUUUCAGUCUUUUACCACGUAUGAAGUCAGUGUUCCUUUGUCGAUAUCUUCCGAGGCUCUAGGAGGUAGGUAGGUAGGUUUCAUCAGAUGACCCGAUUCAACGCACGGGUAGCCAAGUUCUUGUCUACGGCCGUUGGAUAUCAAUCGCAAGCCCGCUACGGCCAAUGUAGAGCCGCUUGGCUUGCAUCGCCUAUGUUCGCUUGCCUUCUCUACGUAUUACUUACUUAUGUAGCAGCCUAUCCGAUAUCAUGCCCCGCCUCUGACGCGGUCAUGUUGAAAAAGGACCCUGUGGGUAGUAUAUUCCUCGUAAUCUUGUUGAAAACUUACAUCAGGGAAACAAUUAAUCAUAUGCUGUCCUACCCAAAAUUACUUACUUGUGAUGCAUCAUACUCAUUUACGGACGGACCCUUUGAUUGCAAGGGGUUGAUAACAAGAAGAAGGCUUCCUUCAUAGAUAGAAAUAGCUUGGGACUAGCAACCCUGUUGUUAGUUUACCUACCACUAGGUAGUGGCCAAUAGAAGGCAUCUCUGAACUUUAAGGAAACGUCUAGGUAGCUAUGCGGAUAUAUAUACGAAAUGAAUCUUCUAUGGACUCGUAACAGUCGAGGAAAGGGCAUCUGAAGGUAG